AUGUGGACGGCCUUAAUGAUUGCGUCUCUUCGGGGUCACUUUGCGAUAGCUGGAAAGUUGAUCGAGUAUAAUUCUGGUGUUAAUGAAGUCCAAAUUGAUGGGUGGUCAUCUCUUAUGUUGGCCUCACAAAAUGGUCAUUUUGCUAUUGCCGAUUUGUUACUUAAACACGGCGCUGAAGCUAAUCACGAAGAAAGAGAAAAAUGGACCUCACUUUUGAUAGCUUCAUUUGAAAACUUUUCUGAUCUUGUUGAACUGUUGAUACAAAUUGGAGUGAAUGUUGAUCACACAAAUAUCAAUGGUUGGACUUCACUCAUGCUUGCAGCCAGCAAAGGAAACCUAGCCACCGUGGAACGUUUGAUGAUGUACAGCCCACAAAUUAACCUGCGCAACAACGAUGGGGAGAAUGCCUUAAUGAUAGCAUCUAAAGCUGGUCACGAGGAUGUUGUCAGAUGCUUAUUGCUGUGCCAGGCGGACGUUAAUCUCACCAACGACAAAUGGGAGAUGGCUCUCAUUUUAGCGACCUCUAAGGAACACUCUGGGAUCGUUGAAUUGCUGUGUCAAAAUAAAGCAGAAGUCAAC